UGGCACAGUAAGCGGUGGUCGUUGUUGAAAUUGUAAAAGAUUUGAUAUUUAAUAAAUUAAAUGUUUUUAAAUUAUGUCAACCUCUUUUUAAUGUGAUAAUUGUAAGUGCUAAAGUUUACAAUGUACUGAUAUUUUUUUGAGUUCACUACAAGGGUUUUGUUGACUUCUUGGGUGGAACGGUGAUGAUCAGCAGGUAGCGGCGAGAGCGGUCGCGAUGCCGCUUCCGAAGCGCUGCGUGGAGCCGGUGCACGUGUCUCGCGGCACCGUGCCCGAGCGGCUGGCGGUGCCCUCCGAGCUGGAAGCUGUCACCAAUGGCACCCUGGCCAACACGGUCCGACAACUGUCGUCGCUGUCGAAGCACGCGGAGGAUAUGUUCGGCGAGUUGACCCGCGAGGCGAGUGGUCUGGCCGAGCGAACUAAUGUGCUUCAAGCCAGAAUCGACAGGUUGGCCAUCAAGGUCACGCAGCUCGACUCAGGUGUCGAAGAAGUAUCACUGCAAGAUAUUCAGAUGCGCAAAGCCUUCCGGUCGUCCAGAACGUUCCAGCAGCAAUUGUUCUCUCGCACGUCGAUGCCGUCGGCCAUGCUGGCGACUUACGCACGAUGCGACCGACCGCCGCCGCUCGAGAAAUUGAACGAGUUCCGGGACGACGGCCGGGACGCAAGGAAGUUCUACACCGACCCGGACUACUUCUUCGAGCUGUGGCGAAGGGAGAUGCUGCAGGACACUGAGAGGAUUCAGCACGACAGGGGGAAGAAGGUGCGCCAACCACGCAGCGGGGGUGCGGAGGGCCGCGGCGCGAGACGUGUCCGAGUGCCUCACUCGACUCGCGACCGACAGAAGGCGGAGGCCGUGAACCGCGGCGAACACAUCAUGGCGCCCACGCAGCUGCGGCGGUACAACGUGGAGCCCCGGCCCGACGCCGUCUACCGCAGCUCGGGGCUGCAGGCGGCGACGACUGUCCCGGAUGGUGCAGUUCCCGCCAACAACACGGGCGGGUUCCGCACUGCGCUCACACGUGCGCCCUCGCAGCCCACGCGACCCAGCUCCAUCGAGAUUGACAACCAGCACCGGCAGCCGCGGCUUACCGGCAACGGACACUUGGUGAACGAUGAGAGUCCGUACGGCGCAGUAGAGCCCAUCUACGGCGGCAGCUUGGCGGGUACGCCCCGGCGGGCUCGUCCCUCGGUACCGCCCCCCGCGCCUCCCGCACCUGUCUCGCCUCACCACACACCCCCCAGAUCGUCACUACCGCCGCCUCCGCCGCCGCCGGAUAGUUCGUCUCCGCCGCCCAUGAACGGUGUGUCUCCACCUCAUCACCGCACCGCGCUUGAUGCUCAUCUAGACCACAUGCAUGCUGUUAUUGGUAUGAUGUCGUCGGAGGAGGGCGGCCGCGCCCCCAGUCCGCCGCCCGCGCCCCCCGCGCCCCCUCCGCCCGAGGAGCAGCGCCCCCGGCCGCCGUCGCCCGCCACCCUGCUGCGGGGGGCCUCGGCCCUGAAGCCCGCUGCGGUAGACCGCCAGCCCCCGCCUGAUCCGCGCUCUGAUCUACUCAAGGCUAUACGUGAAGGCAUAAAACUACGUAAAGUUGAGAAACGUUGUGAAGAUAAUGUAGGUAAGUAUGAUACGUUGCGCGGAGCCCCGGCGCUGCACGAUGUGGCCUCCAUACUAGCCAGGCGAGUCGCCGUCGAACAAAGCGAUACAGAUUCCGAAGAUGAAUCCGAUUCCGAUAAUUGGGAUCAGUGGACUACUGACAGUCGUGCGUGACGUUGCGCCACCCCGCCCCAAAAGGCGAGCUACCAAGACGAGACCAAUGAUACUGAAACCAAGCAAACGGAAAACAGUGAAAGUGUCAUAGAAACCCAAAAGAUUGUAGUGCAAAAUUUAAUUCAGUGUGAAACUAAAAGUGAUUUGAAAGUGAAUUCGUUUAAAAAUGAAGCUAAGAGUGAAGCGAUUGAAUCACCACAGUUGGUUCAGUCCAACAACGUGUACAAUCCCAAAGUGGAUUUAUUUAAAAACGAAGUCAGUGAAGUGAGUGAACUGACCUCUAAGUCUCCUAGAAAUGAAGUUGCCGUUCCACUACGAAAAAGUAGUUUGAAGAAACAACUAAUUAAAUGUGAUGAUUCCCCUCCCGAAGAACCACUGCCAUCUCCUCCUAAACCUGUUGCAACUAAAAUAGUUGACAACUCAAUAAAAGAAAACUCACCUAUUAGGAAAGAGAUUAUGUCUCCACCAAUGAAAAACAAUGUUGUCUCUCCACCAUGGAGUCGAACCAUUUCACCAUUGAAAAAAGAAGUAACUUCACCUCCAACAAUUAAUCCCAAUAAUUCACCCCCUAGCACAUCAGUAAAAUUAAACAAAACUGAUUCCCAAGUUGAAGAAAAUGUAUUUCCUCUGAAAGUAAAACGAGACUCCAUAACUGCUAGGGACUUACCAAAAGCUGAUAAAUUAUCUCUGCCAAAUUAUUUAAAUGAAAAUAUUAGCAAUAGUGAAUCACAUAUUAUCAAUAAGGUAGAUGAUGGUAAAGAUGAUUCUAAGAAUGAAGAGACAAAUGGAGUUGGAGAUAAAAUUAAAAUAUUUGAGAGAGCAGCUGAAGAUGCCAGUGCUAACGCAGGAAAAUUAUCCAGAACAGGAUCCAUGCGCCGAUCACGUGUGGAAAGACUGGGGUCUGAUAGUAAAGAGGAAUUUCCACCUCCUGCUACCCCCUUCAAAGAUAACAUUUUCUUUGAGAUAGGCAAUGCAGAUAAAACCGCUCCCGAAAACCCAACUCAAAGCAAAACUUUAGAAAAACAAGUAAGUUUGUCCAAAGGUACUGUAAACACGGCAGCGGCGAAAUGGCAACGAAACAAUAGCAAUUCCCUUGAUGAUAAGAUCAUAAAACCAGAACCACAGAAAAUAAUCAAACCAGAAUUUAAACCAAUCACAUCACCUAUUGAUUUAACAAUUCGUUCUCCAAGCCUCGUAGGUAAAAUACCAGAUCAAUUCCCAUCACAGUGUACAGCUUUCCGUAAUGUUGCCACACCAGACACGGCACGCAAUCAUAAGCAAAAUGAUGACCCAAAUUCACAAUUCAAAACAUGUAAAGUUAAAAAUAAAGAUAAGUAUUUAGCUAGUGUAAGCAAGGGAUCCAGUUAUUUCACAAGAGGCUCUGAGGAAAUUUGGCUUGUGAAGAAAAAGGACAUAGAAGAAAUUGAAGAACGUGUCUUAGAUUCGUUUCGCCGAGCUGGUGGUAAUAUGUGUAUGCGAAGCGAGUCUAUGCGGCCGUCAUCUGAUAGUGGUCAAGGUGCUUCAUUUACUCAUGCAACAAUGGGUCGUAAUAAGAGACAGAUGUAUAGCAGGAGCGAGUCUCUGGACCCGCAGUGGGCUGGAAAUCGAUCUCAGACAUUAAAACGUCAGACAUCUGUUGCAUGUACUUGUGGCCAUGAUAAAAAGACUCGAUCCAAGAGUUCCGGAUCUGGAUCUGAAGCUGUAGUCCGCCAGAGGUCCAGAUCGCAUGGUGACGAAAGCAAGCAAGGUCAAGUUCUAGAUAAAUAUGAAACUCUUGUUUAAGAUCACUCCUGUAUUCCAUGUGUAAGAUUUGUGAUAGUCGGCUAUCGACAUUGGAUCUUAUGUAUUGUGAAAUUUUUAUGAGUUUAAAGUUCACAAUACAUAUGAUUGGCUUGUAUGUAUUUAUGUAGAAUAUGGGGGUAAUAAUUAUGUAAGCAAUUACGUAGUGUAUGUGUAUUGUUUUAUAGUUUAAACCAAAAAUAUUACGAAUGUAGCCUCAUACUUCCUUUGUACCGAUAUGUUGGUGUAUGAUAUAAUAUUAUUACUGUUUUAUAUGACAAAGUGUUGACUGAUAUAUUGUUGAUAUCACAGACUCGUUUCUGUGGCUCCUUCCAUAUGUCUCCAUGAAACUCCCACCUCAAGCACAAUCCGAACAAAUGGUGCUUUGCUUGUUAAAGUGUUUGUCGUAAAUCUUUUUAUUAGCGGUUGUGAAAUCAUGUUUGAGAUUUUAAUAUAUUUUAAUUUAUAUCGUGUUUUUGAUGUGUUCCAAUGUUGAUGUGGAUUUCAGAUUUUUCUUUUGUCUCAUCUUUUGUAUUUGUAUAUUUUCUAACUGAUCAUGUUGUCUCAUAAUUUUUUAAAAUUAUUUUGCCAUGGGCUUAGUGCCAAUAUUCCUUAUUCAAACCAAUCAGGAUACAUCACACAGAUACCCUAGACUUGAUAUUUAAGGACUAAUAGAUUAGAAUAAAGUAAUGAAAUUAUAUUUAUGCAUUCCACAGUAUUUUGGGUUGUCGUCACAGCCUGUUAUGGUCUGUAUUCGAUGGUAACAGAAGCAACGAAUGUGUACCAAAUUUUAUAAUGUAGUAUUGUAUUGUAGUUAGAAUUAAGUUCAAUUAAGUGACAAUCGCCGUAUCUAUGUUACAUGCCGACACGAAAUAUUUGCAAUUUGCUGAGAAGAAUAGGUGAUUUUUUUAUUGCUUAAAUAAUAUCUACUAAAUACCUUGAAUAAUCUUCAUAUAAUGAAGAUUGAUACGAGUAGAUUAUUUUGGAAAACUAUAUAAUAUUGGCCAAAAUAACCUGUUGAUUUUUGGGAUUUCGAAAUCUAAGCACAUUAAUUUUAGUCCAGUUUAUAAAAUUCUUGACUAUAAAGUUAAUGUAAAUGUUGUUAUGUAGCAAAAAUACUUACUGAAUGAUGUGUCAAAUCA